AUGCACAAUGAGCUCGAAAACGUGCAGAAGCUGAAGAAACAGACGCUGGAGCCCGAUACUGCUUCCUACAAGACAGCGGCUCAAGCAGCUACAAUCGAAAACGGAUGGCCCAUACCCGUAAUCACAGCGCAUGACAAGAGUCCGGAGACUGCUGCAGCAAUUGCGAAAUGGCCAAAGUUGACGGAUCGUAAUAGCGUCAUUGAGUAUUUGGAUUGGACCGCCAAAGAGAUGCAGCCAGACUAUAUCAAGCUCAUGCACGAAAGCGGGACAUCAUUUGGCCGCGAAUUCAGCUAUCCUUCCUUCGAACUCCAAAGCAUUAUUGUUGAAGAGGCAAAGAAGCGCGGUUACUUUACCAUUGCACAUGCUACAUGUCUCAAGGAUACCAUCGAUGUUCUCAAUGCAGGCGUAAACGGCCUGACACAUACAUUCUGCGACCAGACACCCACACAAGAAGUGAUCGAUGCGUACAAGAAGAACAACGCAUGGGUGAAUCCAACCCUCGCGACAAUGGGUAGCUUGACGACCGAAGGAAAAGAGCUCCAACACAAGUUCGCACACGAUCCAAGGGUGGAAGGAAUGCUCAGUGAGGAUAGUGUCGGUAACAUGUGCAAAUGCAUGGGCUUUGCUACUGAGCAUGGGAAGGUUGAAUAUGCAUAUGAAGGCGUCAGGAAACUCAGGGAAGCAGGUGUCGACAUUCUAUGUGAUUCUGCUGGUCCUGCUGUUGGUACGGCGUUCGGUCUAUCCAUGCACCAUGAGCUGCACAUCUUCGUUCACAAAAUUGGUAUGACGCCUGCCGAAGCUCUUCGUUCAGCUACCAGCUUAAUCGCGAAGCGCUUCAAGUUCGAGGACCGCGGUCAAGUAGCGAAAGGACUAAAUGCCGAUCUGCUGUUGGUUGAGGGUAACCCACUAGAGGAUAUCGAUGCGACGCUAAACAUUCGUGGUGUUUGGCGUGAUGGUAAUCUCUGUAGCAUGUACGCUGAGAAGCUAGAGGCUGGGGUAGAACCGCUGCUAGGCUGA